ACCUACGGUACGGGUACGGUACAUGUUGCUUACAUACACACGCAUACACAUGUAUGGGGUUUGCAGUUUGUUAUGUGGAGACGGCUGCAACACGGCGACCCGGACACGGUGCACUGCCGGAACCACUACAUACACUACACGGACGCGGGGAAGGGGGCGCGGGUCGAUGCGGAGGCGGAGACGGGCCACCCGGGGGGGCCACUUGGAUCGGGAGGCAACGCUCUCCCCCUUCCCCUCCCCACUCUUCGGUCUCAUCAUUGCUGCCAUCAUACAACCCGGCACACUAUACAUAUGUAGUACUGGGUGGGAGGGUGGACUGGGUUCGAAAAAGGUCGCCGUUUCAUACCUGGAGAAACGGAGUCGAUAUUCGUUUCGGGCCUCCCGCCAUGCCAUUGCGCACACAAUGCAUGACGACCCAAAAUGCCGCCCUGGACUGUUGGCAGCAGCGGCGCAGUGCGGGACCGACGAGACGAGUGCAACCCCCCCCCAACGUAGGAUUCCAUCCGGUUGAGCUCGUUUCGCUCCGUUUCAGAUCGCGGGCGAAUGCCCCUCUCCCUCAAUGCUGCGAGGUCGACCUAGCCGUCGCAGCGACGUGGGAUAGGAUAGGUCGAACCGUCAGCCAUGUCCGCUUUGCUGCUGACGAACGACGAGGUACAUGUUCCGGACAGUGCAGGAAGACGCUGUACUCUCCCCGUAUGCACACAGGGUCCCGAGAGGCUGGCAAUGGCGCAGUUGCCUGUCAGCACCGCAUGCUCGUCAGUAUCAUAUCCCUUUUUGGUCAGCUAUCCGAACAAGAGCAAGUUAUGAGCCACAAUCAGCUGAGGCCUUGAAACGGACUCCCCGGGAGGGAGCCUCCAAGAGUUGACAUCGCCUACCACACGGCUUGCGGUAAGAGCAUCUCAUCUCAUUGUCGGCUGACGACGCUUGCUCGUCAAUAUCUUUGCC